AAAAAAAAUAAACAUUUGAAUAGGAAUAAAAAAAAUAUAACAAUCCAAUGUUUUACACGCCUUAUUUGUCGCUUCCUGAAAUUUAUUUGUGGGUCUCAGGAAAUAAUAAAUGGAACAAUGGAUCCUUCUGUCCAGAAACGCCAUGUGUGUGUUUGGCUCAGAGAUUUAAAAGAAAUUAGUAUGACUCGGGGUACUAUAGAAAUUCCCGAUUUUGAAUCAUUUUCUAUGCUGAAAAAACUUGAAAUCUUGGAUUUGCGUCAGAAUGGUAUCUCUCAAAUCAAGAAAUAUAAUCUUUCUAAUUUACAAAAUUUAAAUUUAGCUGAGAAUAAGAUACAAUAUCUUCCAAUUUUACCUUGUUCUAAUUUAAAAGUAUUAAACUUGUCAAUGAACAAACUUUCGGAAAUAGACAAGCUACGAGAAAAUCUAUCUCUGCCUGAACUUGAGUCCUUAGAUUUGUCUCAUAAUCCAAUUACCCGAUUACAACCUUUAUCUUUUGAGCGAUUUAAAAAAUUAAGGUCAUUAAAAGUUGACCACAUCAGCAGAGCUAUAACAGACAGUUAUACCUUUGCAUCCAAUUCACUAGAGAUUCUUUCUAUUGGCAAUAUUGCAUAUUUCAACAAAAGCAUUUUUAGUAACUGUCGUCAAUUGCAAUCUUUAACGAUUUUGAACACAGACUUUUCUGGUGAAAAUUUUACAGAUUUUUUACUACCAUUAAGAAGGCUUAUUACAGUUAAGAUAUCUUACGGUAAUAUCAAAUAUAUUCCUUCUCUUCGAAACUUUUCAAAAUUAAUACAUCUUGAUUUAAGUCAAAACAACAUCAAGAACAUUCACCCCAGUGUAUUUGACAAUCUGAAAAGUAUUUGCAGCAUUGUAUUGCAUCAUAAUUUCAUUUCGAUAAUAAACGAAAUCUCAUUUCCUUCUUUUGUUUGGAAGAACAAAACCAUUUCUCUUGAUCUAUCCUCAAACCCUUUCGACUGUAGCUGUCAAAUAAUAUGGUUCGUACAAUGGUUAAAAAAUAACGUAGAAAGAGCAGAGAAUUUUCCUGAUUUGUACAAAUGUGAAUUACCAAGUGAAAAGCGAGGUCUUCGUCUCGCCAAUUUUGAUGCUUCAGAAUGCCAUCGUCCAAACCAGUAUCUAAUUCUCUCAUUUACAAUCGGUGGGUGCUUAUCAAUCAUCUGUUUUGCAGUAAUCAUUAUAAGAAAACUCCGCUGGGAUAUAAAAUAUUACAUUCAUAUCUAUAAAACCAAGAGACCAUUGAAAUACAAGCGCCUAUUGGAUGACGGAUUUCUUUUUGAUGGGUUCGUUGCCUACAACUCAAAUGAUAGGCAUUGGAUUAUGUCCGAACUUAUAGAAAAGCUAGAAAAGAAAAAUAACUUCAAACUUUGUCUGCAGGAGAGAGAUAUCCUUCCAGGUGGAAUUUUCGUGGACGACAUCCAUCAUAAUAUUGAAGCUAGUCGUAAACUAAUUUUGGUUUUGUCUGAUAAUUUUAUGAGUGAUCAGUGGUGUAGAUAUGAGACAUUGAUUGCAAACCUUACAGUAGUAGACGGUAAACCCGAAAAGGUACUUAUUGUUCUCUUAGGAGAAAUAAGUUCCCAGUAUAUGACAAAUUCAAUGAAAACUCUGAUUAAAUCAACUGUUAAUCUAGAGUGGACGGAAAAAGAAAGCGGGAAAAAGUUGUUUUGGACAAGAAUUCAGGCUGAAAUGCAUAAAUAA